GGCCAGAUGUGUUUGGGGCGAACUGCAAUGCAAUCGCUUUACACUGGUGGUGCGCAGCAUGCUGAGCGCACUGGCGUGCGGGCGAAGGAGUGAAGCUAUUGGGAAAGUUGCCGAACAGGGAUUAGGAGACGCACUUCUACCUACCCUUAUGUUUUCCAGAGCCGGGUAAGCGCUGAGUGGAGGCGCCUUGUACUGAAGAGUAUGGGACCAAUAAUACGCCUGGCGGAAGCCGUGACAGAGGUCGAUAUUAUUCAGGGUCCACGGCUGAUAUCUCAAAUAUUGAUCAUUUUUUUUGUUUCCGCCCCAAACCUCUUCUGGGGACUCAACAUCAUGAACGAGGACGAAGAGCUCUGGGGUGAUCCGGGGCCGUCGGACCAUAGAGGAUCGAUGGUUUCCAUGGUCCACCCUAAAACAACCAACAACACCUCUGUCCACCAUGACGAGGCAGACUCGGAAGAUGGGGGGAGCGAGGGUUCCGUCCAUCCUUAUGAAUCUGAAACCGAUGAAGCGAGGUUUUUCAUCGUUCGCGACGGGAGGAGGUACAAUGAUACCAGUCAACUGUAUCCUCUCCCAGCAGGUGAGGAGGAAUGGGACAGACUAGCGGACCUCCACAAGAUCCACAAGAUCUGUUUAGGUAGCCUCUACCAAGCCUCGACAACUGUUGAAAACCUGCUGGCAGAUGAAGAAGGGGAGGAGAAACGUAUCCUAGAUUGUGGAUGUGGAGGGGGAGAAUGGGUGAUUGAAAUGGGGUUGAAAUUCCCUCACGCAAAGGUUGUUGGGGUCGAUCUUGCACCUGGAUCCAUCAGGGAUCAAAUGCCCACAAAUUGCCGGUUCGAAUUUGACGACGUCAAUAAACCAUUAAAUCACUUGUAUGGUAAAUUUGAUGUUGUGCAUGCUAAGUCAUGUUUUCUGGGGAUCGCCAAUUACCAGCACUUCCUGAACGAAAUGGCCCAAUGCCUGAAGCCAGGGGGUAUAGUACUCAUAGUGGAAAGUCCAUUGCGAUUGAUGGUACCGGCAAUGGCAUCAGCAAACAGUGUAUUCGUCGGAAAUUGGCUAGCACGGAUGUUUGAGGUGGUAGAAAACUCGAUCCAAGGCAAUGGAUUGGAUACCAUAGCGAUUGACAGCCUGCAAACGUUGAUGGAAGGGCAUCCCCAACUCGAAAAUGAGGAGUCCUUUGUUGUCAACAUCCCGGUAGGUCCAUGGACUAUGGCAGAAACUCAAUAUCUAGGGGAAGCCAGUGAGUUCAUCGGGGGACUAAUGCAAGAAAAUGUUGUGCGGCUGGUCCAGGCGCUGAGGAACGUCCUUCUCCAAGCCGGACAUCAUCCACGAUUGGCAGAUGAAUGGUUGACAUCAGUUACACAAGCGAUCACAUCUCCUUCAGCAAGGCUCAUCUCAACCUGGAAAUACUUUUGUGCAACCCGCGUGGCGGAUAUGGAUGUGCACUUGGAUGCAGGGGCAGAGGAGGGAGAAGAGGAGGGAGAAGAGGACGAAGAGGAGGAUGAAGAGGAUGAAGAGGGAGAAGAGGAUGAAGAUGAAGAGGACGAAGAGGGAGAAGGGGACGAAGAGGAAGAGGAGAUGUUGCGAAGGGGCCAAUGUCUAGAGUGGGUUCGACGUCACUCGACUUCUGGAAUCCCGAACAGACCGUGACCAGUGGCGUGAUAGCCACUCAACGAACACAGCCUCGCCCCGCGCAUACACGCAUCCUCUUCCUACCCUCCCAUCGAAGCAUGCAGCGCUCACAUCGGAGUCAUAUGUGUAACUCCCACAUCAACAGAGUCCCGGACUCGGAGCACCAUGCUAUCAUGGGCGGGGUUGUACGUAUUGAGAUCUAGUUGAGACGGCCUGGGGCACAUCCAAGAACCCGCCUUCCGGGAAAGAUGUCAAGCUCAACCCUAGAUCCGCCAUGAGCUGCGUCAUUUGUUCGAUUUGUACCGCAAUCGUUCUUUUUGUCUUGGACGAAACUAGCAACGCAGGAGUGGGAAAGCAUCCCGGAUGAUAUUGUUUGAGCAUGGCAGCAAUUAGACGUUCCGCUUCUACCUUCUCUUCUUGCCUGGCUGCAAUGUAUCGCUUACUCAUAACAAUCAGAAUUACGAAAUAGGACGAAAAUGGG